AUGUCUGCACUCUUGCCUCUCGCCGGAUUCUGGGCCUGGGGCCAGGCCGAGAAGGCUCUCUUCCGACGUGCUCUGGCCGCUUACAAGCCUGUUCCCAUCUCCUCGGACUCUCCCUACACUACCGCCAAGGUCAGCAUCCUCGUCUGCACUGUCAACACCCUUCUGGCUCGCUGCCUCCGAACUUGGUUGGACAAUAAGCCCCUGGAGGUCAUUAUCGUCACCAUCGCCGAACACCACGAGCAGAUUCGCAGCGUCGUCGAGAACGCCGAGCUUUCGGAUUCGGAUCUGGCCAAGGUCAUUAUCAUCGCCUCGGCUGUCAAGGGUAAGAGAGCCCAGAUGGUUGCUGGAAUUCAGCACGCUCGUGGCGACAUUAUAGCCAAUGUUGACGAUCACAUUACCUGGCACCCUCGUCUAUUGGAGAACAUGCUGCCCUGCUUUGAGGAUGAAUUCAUGGGCGCUGUCGGUCCCGCAAUUGAGGGCGUCAUACCCGACGAUCGUCGCAAUGAGAAGGUCAUCACUCCCUACGAGGUCGCCGCCAUGCGUCUAAUUUGGGACCGCAACCCCAAGCACAAGGUGGCCUGGUCUGCUGGUCGCUGGUCUUGGGGUGUUACUGGUGCUUCGUAUCUGAUUCGAGCAGAGAUCUUCAAGGAUCCCGACUUUAUCAAGGAAUUCAUCGAGGACAACUGGCGUGGCAAGAAGCUCGAUGUCGGCGAGGACACCUUUAUCUCUCGCUGGAUGCAAACCCGCGACUGGGUCAUCUCCUACCAGAGCGUCGGACCCGAGACCGACGUCUUCCGCACGGUCAAGACUACAUCCGACUACUUUUCUCAGAUGUUUCGUUGGGAGCGAAGCACUAUUCAGUCCCAUCUCCGCCAGACCCAGCUCCCGCAGGUCUACCGGAGCUUCUUCGUCGCCCGCAAGACCUGGGGUCGCUUGAUGCGUCCUGGCUUCACUACCGCGCACAUCGUCGCCUGGAUCGUCGCCUUCCGCUGCAACCCGUUCCUGGCACUCUUGUUUGUCGCUUGGUACAUCUUGGAGGCCUAUCCGAGCUACAAGGCAUUCUUUGCCAAGUACCCCUACAUGCGGCGCUUCUGGUGGGCCGCAGUCGCCCAGGACUACUUCUACAUAGUCCAGGACUACUACUGCUGGGCCACGCUCAAGAACACGAGCUGGGAGUCCCGCAGUGUUUCUGUCGAGGAUCAGAACAGACUCAAGUAG